UAGUUGUGGUUGAGGAUGGUGACACUAAUGUGGCUCCAAUUGAACACCAUGAUGAUAACAAGAACAACACUUUCCUUUCCAUUUUCAACAAACCCAAUCAUUGCUUACUGAUAAUUAAAGAAAAAAAUGGAGUUUGCAUGCAGAGCUAGUGCCACUGCUUUGACAUGGGCUUGCUCCAUUUCUCCAUCUUCCCUUCGAAUUCCUCAACCUUUUUCUAGUUAUGACACUAGAACACUUGGUGUUUUUUGUGCUUCUGACCAAAACCAAAAGGCAAAUCAAAUGACCGUAUCAGUAACAGGAGCUACCGGUUUUAUUGGUAGACGAUUGGUACAAAGACUGCAUUCAGAUAAUCAUAUUAUUCAUGUCUUGACACGUUCUAAGUCCAAAGCGCGGUUAAUAUUUCCGGGCAGGGAAUUUCCCAAAGUUGUAAUUGCAGAGGAGCCAGAGUGGAAAAAUUGCAUUCAGGGUUCAAAUGCUGUUGUAAAUUUAGCUGGUAUGCCCAUAAGUACGAGAUGGUCACCUGAGAUAAAGAAAGAAAUUAAGCAAAGCAGGAUUAGAGUCACCUCAAAGGUCGUGAAUCUGAUAAAUGAUGCGCCGGAAGGAGUUAGACCUAGCGUUCUUGUCAGUGCAACGGCUGUUGGAUACUAUGGUAAUAGUGAAACACAAGUAUUUGAUGAAAGCAGUCCUUCUGGAAAUGACUACUUAGCUGAGGUAUGUAGAGAAUGGGAAGGAACAGCUUUCAAAGUAAAUAAGGAUGUAAGGUUAGCACUUAUUCGCAUUGGUGUUGUUCUUGGUAAAGAUGGGGGUGCUUUAGCUAAAAUGAUACCAAUUUUCAUGAUGUUUGCCGGUGGACCAUUGGGCUCUGGACGACAAUGGUUUUCCUGGAUUCAUGUGGAUGACAUAGUGAACUUAAUCUAUGAAGCAUUAAAAAAUCCGUCAUAUAAAGGAGUUAUAAAUGGGACUGCACCGAAUCCUGUGCGAUUGGCGGAGAUGUGUGAGCAACUGGGAAACGUGCUUAGCCGACCUUCAUGGCUACCCGUACCCGACUUCGCCCUAAAAGCAGUACUGGGAGAAGGUGCUACUGUGGUUCUGAAUGGACAAAAGGUGGUUCCUAAAAAGGCCAAGGAAUUAGGGUUUCAGUUCAAGUAUCCCUAUGUAGGAGAUGCACUUAAAGCCAUUCUUUAAUGAGGAACUGCAUGAGUUGAGUUGAGUUGAGUUGAGGGAGGAUCAUUCUUCAUCCUACAAUUUGAGGCUCAGAAAGCUGCAUUUAUUUUUUAAUUUGACCUUAUCUUUUACCACACAUUACCUAAAUACUUACAUUUUUUGGCAAAUUUAUUUAAUUCAAACAUUUUAAAUUAUAAAAUACUAAUUUAAACAGUGAUGUAAACAUUCUUAUUAAUUUAAUUAUCAACAUUAUUUUUAUUCA